AUGGAGUUGCUGUCGCAGCAGUUCUGUGCCGAUCAGCGAGUGGAUGCUGACGCCUGUGAGUUUAUGCGGGAAGCUACUCGUGGCAUGCUAGAAGUCAUAUGUCCUGAAGACAUCAGCAUUGGAACGUGGAAACCGUUCGCUAUUCAGUGCGCCAUGGCAUCUGUGGCUAUGGCAUGUGAUGUCCCCCUGGCCAAGUUGACGGACAUCACUUUCGAAAGCAUCGUGCCGGUCUCUGGCGCCAUCCCUUUGGAGCGCUUGGUUGAUCUCGAGCGCCAGAGACAGGAGCGCCUUCAUGAUGAACUACGUGCUAUGGCUACGAAGUUGGAAGGAAACAUGGCCGAUGCUGCACCUGAAGCGCUUGCCAUGCCCACUGAGAACGUGGCAGAUCCGGCGACUGAGAACCGAGAAUCAGAUCUCCAGGACAAUGAACCACAGCCAGUGCCAGAGGCAAAGCCUGCAGAUGAUCACGCAGAGACCCAAGUUGAUGCCACACUUCCAGUGGACGCUGAGCAGAUGAUGGACAGUGCUGGUGAAACCCCUUUGGAUGAAGAGAAAGCCUCAGCUGCUGCAGAGGCUUUGCAGAGCUUUCUCGGCACAAAUCAUUUGGUCCAGGCUGUCCAGGCCCUUGACGCUCCGACACCGGCACCUGCUUGUGCAGACCCUGUGUGGGACCAGCUCAAUGGUGUUCUCAAUGCUCCCACAUGCCGAAAGUGCAUGAUGCCAUGCGCGUUGGACAAGUUGGUGAACAAAUCCAAGGGAGAGCAGCGCGUGCACGUUGUGUGCCGCAGCUGCAACAGUACCACAACGAUGUUGUCCAGACAUUUGGGCCAGUGGCCGAUUGCAGGAUUCCAAGGUUUAUCCCCAGAUCAACAAGUAGCAUUCUGGAAACAAUGUCACUCCAUCAUUCAGCGGCAAGGACGCCUGGACUAUGGUUCUAUCAGAGCCUUCCUGGCGGUUUCUCUUGCUGAAAAGCAAUAUGAAAUUGCUUCGGCUGAGUUUAAGUCCAAGUACCUUCCUUUGAGUGUUUGGACGGCGAAAGGCUACAAAGAAGAAGAUGUCAAGAAAGGCUUGAAGGAGACCCAUCCUAUCCUGGGCGAUACCUACGCCGUCCCGCUGAAGACGGUGACCAAGGGCUUCUACAGAGAGAAAGUAGAAGAGAUGAUCACCAAGUUCGAAGCGGAGGCUCGCAAAAAAAAGGGAGCCAAGAUCGAAGUUCUGACUCCAGCUGGUUCAGCUCCCGCAGCUGCUUCAGCCCCCGCAGCUGGUUCAGCUCCCGAACCCCGGAUUGACGAAGUGCAAGAUGAUGAGGAUCUGCAGCCACUGACAUGGCUGCAAGAAAAGUCCCCGUGCAAGAAGCGCUCGGCCGCAGAGAUGGAAGAGACUAAGCCUGAGGAGACUCCACCCCCUCAGGAGCCCUCUGCCAAGGCUCAAAGACAAGCAGCAGCCGCCCUCAGGCGACACAACGUCAACGUGCAGAAGAUGGCGCAGAAGGGCUUGGACGUUUUGAAUCCUCUUCUUGGAUCCAUGGUGAAGCAUCAGGCAAAUUUUCCCAUUUUGCCUGCCAAGACUGUGGAUGAGAUCAAGGCAGUUGGCGACCAGAUCGAGAAACUGGUCAUGAAAUGUCGUGACGGUCUCAAACUUCCUGAGACUGGAGAGCGCCUUGAUGAGUUGGCCUUUGAUAGCAAGUCAUUGGCUCAGAAGAUCAAAGAGUUCAAGGCGGUUUUCAACAAUGCUGAUCGAUUGCUGAAGCUGAUCAACAAGGCCAAUGGUAAGUGA